GGUUGUUUUGGCGGGAAGAGAUUUUAGGGCGGAUGGCGCUUGAGAAGAUCGUCUCGGCGUUCACGCGCCGGAUCUCCGACCUCCAGGAGCUCAUGGUUCUUCGCGGCGAUGGAAGAGCUGCAGACAUGAGUGCUGUGGAUGUUUCUCUCAAGGCCGUGGAGCAUGAUUUUCGCAAGAUGGAUAGCUAUGUGAAAUCGGAGAUGGAGGCGCUCAGCAAGGCCAAGGCACUGUCGGAGCUGACAAUCCAGCAAACGAGGAAGAUUCAAGCUAUCGUAGAUCAUUUUCCAUCAACCUUGUCCGCUGCAGCGCCAUCGGACGCGUUGAAAAACAGAUUGUUUCCUGUUCCUGAGAAAGCUGCUGCUCACACCAGCAACAUUCUUCCUGUUCAAACGCAAAAUCCAAAGGUGGAGAAGGAGAAGAAAGGGAAAGGUUUGCCUCCUCGGAAGUAUGUAUCGGACGAAGAGUUCGCAUCGUUAUCAAGCUAUAUGAGGGGAAGGAUCACUCUCGAUAAAGUCAACUCUGCGAUUGAUGAAAUGGCUGGAUUUGCUGAGAACAAUCUAAGACUAAUACAGGCACCAAGAAAGAAGCUGGGAGACGAUAUCCUGGAGAAAGUCCUGGAACUACGAGAUAUUGCUGGAGCUGAGACGAUCAAAGGGAAGCAUUUCUUCUUGGAGUCCGACAUGCGUGGUCCAUUGUUGAAAAUGGACACAACGGGCAAAGCUAUACUCACGAUAAUCCGGCAUCUCGGCCGUGUCCUGGAAGCUCGGAUUGGAAAACAGAGAGUGUUUGCUCUGUUGAGCUAAAAGCGAUCUGGAGAUUCCAAUGCUUUCUCUUGACGAGACGUUUUAUUUCAGGAAAUCCGAGAUCUAGCUCUGCAUUGAAUCGCAACACGUACAUCCUCUAAAGGUAUCAAACUCGAAACAAUCGGAUUCUUUUUUUCUUUUCGUUUUCGCUUCUAUUUACAAGCGCGCUACCAUCGUUUGAGAAAAAAACUCUUUAAUCUGUUCUCGUGACUGGACGAACUAGAAGCAGUGGCAAUCUUCCUGGUCAGUAACGCCAUCACCAUUUUUCCCAA